CAGAGUCGUCUGACACUGUUGCUGGGUAAUCACUCACUCCAAACACCUCAGACACCAUCAAGGUCCCACCACGAGCGGACGUGUUCAGGAGCCUCUCCAUCCCCGGCUAAGGCCCUUGCUUUAACCUCUGUAUUCAUCAGCUAAUCCAGUACCAACUCUCUUAUCGCCAUGGGUUGCUGCUGCGUUGGAACUAGUGGCCUGCCUUCCUGCGCCACAUGUAGCCCGUGCUGCAACGGCUUCUGCUAUGGGUGCAGUGGGGGCUGCGGGGCCUGUGGGGCCUAUUUCGCAUGGCCAUGGUGUUGCAGCAUUUACAGCGGCUGCUGCUAAGAGCUUUGACACGAGAUUGCGCUUUGUCAGCCUUUCACCAACACCCGCCCGAAAGGCUAGCGUGCAUUUGUUGUUUACAUGGAGAAAUUUCUGUUAAUACGCCAAUGGUAGCAACAAUCUGCUUUUAACGCGCAUGUGGUAUCUUCAACCUAGAACCAAAACGUGAAAGUCUUUAAGUAUGCUUAUUGUACAUAAAAUAUGAAAAAUGUAAAAAAAAUCUGCAAAAUAAAGAAAGGCGCGUCCGCUCAAAUUGUUUUUG